GUUGUCAGUACGUGGAGGGGAAGUCGUGCAGCCUGCAGCAUGUUGUAUCACCUGUUGCUGCAGACAGUAAAGACACAACAGUCAGCAGGUGUGUCACCCGGUCAGCCUCACCUCCUGCUGUAUGAUCUUGUCUACGAUGAUGACAUGAAAGUGGCAGUCAACGACUUGUCACAGGCAGCGACAGGAGGGUCGUUGUACGUCAUCGCUGAUGAAGUAGGGAGUGAGUGGAGACCUAGCUUCAUGAAAAACAGUUUCAAGCCUUUCUGUUAUCAGCUGCUGACACGAAUUCCUCGUCUCCAUCUUUGGGCGGCAAGUUCUUUCCAUGGAUACGAACCCGCCGGCUGGCAAGCGGAAAAUUUAACCCGACCACUCCGGUCUCCCCCGGUUGUCUUCAGAAAGGUCAAGCAGGACGAGAUGUUCACGUCAAACAUUCCUGUCCACCCGUACAGUGAGCGAGGUGUGGCCGACCACACAGACGGCCCGCCAGUCAUACGACUGUAUCACCGCGGUGAGGGUCACUCAGGUGACUGGCCAGGUGACUGUGUCACGUGUGGUCGUGAGGUGGCCAGCUUCCUACACAGUCUCCGUGUUGGUGUUACAGAAAGUGGAACAACAUCUACCACGGUUACUCCCACCAGCGGCGGCACAACACAACCCUGUCUACAGUGGAGAGACGUGCUGGUGUUGUACUGGGAUGAUGGAAGAGACAACGUGGGUGUGGUCACAGGACUGCAAGAAGCGGGUAUCCCAGUGCGGGUGAUGAAGGAUGCUGACAUCGAGGACGUGGCCACGGCCCGCAGUCACGUGGUGUGGGUGGCGCGAGGAGAUCGUGUUCGUGGUCUGGAGAGAAAAGUCGUCGUGUGUCUAGAGGAGGCAGUCACACCUGGGUUGUUGUACGACCGGAGAUCUGUCCCUUUUUAUCUCAUGUCCCGCUGUACGUCACAACUUGUGAUUGUCUCCUCUGACCUGGAGCCAGCUGAAGAUGACUGACACUGACACACCUGCCACCUGGUGUAGUCUUGUAUCUGUCUCUCUGUCUCAUCACACUUUACCAGAUGAUGUCAUAUUCAUGCUCCCACUGUGUCCUCAAGCUUUCUUUAGUUCCACAGACACAAAGACCUGUCUAUCUGCUUCUUGUUUGUCGUAUUGGCGGGGUUUGGGCUUAUUUUAUUUCUGAGAAUCAACAUAAUAUUACAUAAACACUCUUGCAGACAACUGCAAUUAUCCGCAGAUUAAACUUCAAAUAUACUAAGGACGGAUUUCAUUCUUAUAAACAAAGAGUGGGGAAAUACUUUCAUACCAAAGUCACUUAUGCCAUCACACAUUUUAAAAAAAAAACAUCUAACAGUCACCUUGCCGUAUAUUGCAUAAAGAAGAUUUCUCGAGCAAGGUUUAGCGUUUAGGUUACGGCACUGAUACAUUCACAGACAAAGGGAAUCUACCACCUUCGCCAUAUGUCAACGAGUUUGGUGUCCUUGUUGUGACUCCUAAACAUCUCAUUGCGAAGGAGUGAGCCUUCUCCAUGCUAUUAUUACUGUUGCACAGAUCCCACAUUUCAAACUCAUACAAAAAUAUUGUUGCAUAACAGUUUGAGAAUACUUAUAUUUUCCCUCUUUGUGAUGAGUGUCUCCACUUAGCAGGUAGUACGCAAAGAAAAUUUACAGCUACUUUCAACGCUCCAAGACCAUAUACACGCACACACACACACGCACGAAAAGCAAGAAUUAUCUCACUUGAAAGACACAACUGCUACACAACAAGGGGGUUAGAUGGUGAUUUGUGUUGCCGUGGAAAGGUUGUCAUUAACUAAAAUAAGAGUUUUGUGUUAGAAUACUGUUAAUAUUUUUGCACAGCUUUGUUUAUGUUCGUGCGGGUGUGUGUGUGUGUAUCGCAAGUCUCAUGUUGUGAACAUAGAGGAGUGUCAUGUGUAGGGUGACGUACAAAACAUUCUCACACAUUUGUGAAUGACUGAAAAACGUUACAAAGUCCGUAGUCAGUAGAAAAAAUGACUGAAAAUAUUGGUCAUUCACAAUUUGGCUUCUAUUCAUCAUUAAAA